AUGACUUUUGAAGAACUUGGUGUAUGUCCUGAAAUUGUUGAGUUGCUAAGAGAUAAAGGGAUUAAUAAACCUACGGAAGUUCAAGAAGGCUGCAUUCCAGUGAUUUUGGAAGGAAAUGAUGUAGUAGCAUGUGCCAAAACUGGUUCUGGAAAAACAGCAGCAUUUUUGAUCCCCAUACUUCAAUCACUCAUGACGGAACUCAAACCAUUAUAUGCUCUAAUAAUUACUCCAACAAGGGAGUUGGCGCAUCAAAUUGGGGAACAAGCCGCUGGGUUAAAUUUAAUCCAAGGUGAACCACUAUGUAACGUGUUGGUGAUAACUGGUGGAAGAAGCAUAGUUCAUCAGAGUAUUGACUUAGCUCGAUCUCCACAUAUUAUCGUUUCUACUCCUGGACGGUUGGCUGAUCUUCUGCGCACCCAGACAGCCGCACAAGAAGCUGAUACUGAGAAUAAGCCAGAAUGGACCUUAUCCAGAACGAAAGUGGUGGUUCUAGACGAAGCAGAUAGAUUGUUGGAAGAUAAUUUUGGCGAAGAUCUGAACACUAUAUUAAAAGCACUUCCGAAACGUCGUCAAACGUUGCUUUUUAGUGCUACAUUCAGUGGUGCAGUCAAAUCUUCCUUAGAGGCUGCAAAGUCAGUGGCCUACGCUGAAAACAGACGCCCUCCUAUUUUAUGGCAACCUGAAUGCAUGACUACGUGUUCAUCUGCAGGGGCCGUAACUGUCGAGACCUUAAGUCAGUAUUAUAUUCUGAUGCGACCUGAACACAAAGAAGCAUUUUUGGUUCAUACUGUCGAUCAAUUUCUUACUGAGAAUCCACAUUCACUUAUUAUGAUUUUUACAAAUAAAUGCAAAUGGUGUCAUCUUAUUGGACUGAUGAUGACCAGUCUAGGUAUUAAAACAACCUUACUUCACUCCUCUAUGGCUCAGAAAAACCGCAUAUCUUCAUUGACUCUUUUUCGUUCUAGUCAGAUUCGUGUUCUGAUUGCAACAGACCUGGCAAGCCGUGGACUUGAUUUUCCAACAGUUGAUAUCGUAAUCAAUCAUAACGUUCCUAUUCGACCUAAAGAUUAUGUUCACCGAGUAGGCCGGACUGCUCGGGCUGGGAAAGCUGGUUUAGCAUUGACAUUGUGUGACCUUUUUGAAGUAAAACGUUUAAAAGCUAUUCAAACAUUUAUCAAUAAGGAAUUGAAGACAUUUGAUGUGAACGAGAAAAAAGUAGCUCAAAUAAUUGCCGAAGUAUCCAUCGCUCGUCGUGAUGCAGAACGCAAACUAGAUGAAAUUAGAUUCGAUGAGAAGCGUGAAAUCAAUAAGGCAAAAAAUCUGAUGAAGGCCAGAUCGUCGAAAACUUUAAAUAAAACUUAG